UCCUUUUCUGCAUGGAAAAAAAACUCCUCCCUGAGUUUUCCUCAUACUUCCCUAAAAUUCAACAAUAAAAACCCAGACUUGACCUACUUCAGCAGCAGAAGCAGAAAAACCAGCAUCAGACUCCGACUUCAGACACGUUUGUACUUCACGAACUGAGGAAAAUCCCACCAAAAUCUUUUCCAGCCAUGUGGUCGUGCGUGGUGCUGCUGCUGCUGUCGGCCUCCGUCAGGAGUCAGAUGGAUGAAACCACCAUGGAUGCCCACUGGGAAGAGUGGAGGAUGACACACAAAAGAGACUACCAGACCGUGGAGGAAGAGGGGAUCCGCAGGGCCAUCUGGGAGAAGAACCUGCGCAUGAUUGAAGCUCACAACCAGGAGGCGGCUCUGGGCAUGCACAGCUACACGCUGGGGAUGAACCAGUUCGGAGACAUGACUCAGGAGGAAGUGGUGGAGACCAUGACCGGCCUGCAGAUGCCGCUGAACCCCGCGCCCAGAGUUCCCAUGGACACGGACGGCAGCCUAAUCAGACUUCCCAAAUCUGUCGACUACCGCAAGAAGGGCAUGGUGACUUCUGUGAAGAACCAGGGUUCCUGUGGUUCCUGCUGGGCGUUCAGUUCUGCCGGAGCUCUGGAGGGCCAGCUGGCCAAGAAAACGGGCAACCUCGUGGACCUGAGUCCCCAGAACCUGGUGGACUGUGUCACCGAGAACGACGGCUGUGGAGGCGGGUACAUGACCAACGCUUUCAAGUAUGUGCAGGAAAACGGAGGCAUCGACUCUGAGGAAGCUUACCCUUAUGUGGGAGAGGACCAGCCCUGCCGCUACAACGCUUCCGGCCUGGCAGCCCAGAUCAAAGGCUAUAAGGAGGUUCCGGAGGGAGACGAGCACGCGCUGGCUGUGGCGCUCUUCAAAGCGGGUCCAGUGUCUGUGGGCAUCGACGCCUCGCAGAACAGCUUCCUGUACUACCAGAGAGGUUUUAGAAACUGAGUUGUGUGACCUUGUGGCGACGACUUCUCUUAAAUUUUUGGACUAGGACACUCUGCUGUCAGCACUUUGAACCCCUUAAGUAUUUCACAUGAUCUGUAAAAUCUGCUUCACAAAACGGUUCCUUCUACCUCCAGAGGCUGGUGUCGCUGCUUUUCUACACCAAAAUGUAGAAAAAUCCUGAAACAUUAAAUGAAACGUCAGUAUUUCUAAGGUAGUUUGACUCUUUUAGGCCCCGUUUUUGUUUUGACCUCUACAGAAAGCACAUUGCUGGGCAGUGUGAGCUCCUCCGGUUCUGCCAUUCCAUCGUUUGGUUCAUUCUUGAUCAUGUUUAGUUGUUUUUUUGUUCUGUUCAGCACUUUUUUUCUAAUGAUUCAACUGUAAACGGAUGUUUUCUAACGAAACUGAAUAAAGGUUUUGGUUUUGAAGAUGAA